CGCGUACGUCGCUAGGGUUCGGCUGCGUCCGUCCCGCCGCUCGCCCGUUGCCGCCGCCGCCGCCGCCGUCGCCGUCGCCGCGCUCUCGCUUCGCCGGCCGCCGCCUAAGGGGGGCUGGGGCCGGGCCAAGCUGCCGCCACUGUUGCCGGAAUGCCGCGGGUGUACAUCGGCCGCCUGAGCUACCAGGCCCGGGAGCGCGAUGUGGAGCGCUUCUUUAAGGGCUACGGGAAGAUCCUGGAGGUGGAUCUGAAGAACGGAUAUGGGUUUGUGGAGUUUGAUGAUCUGCGUGAUGCAGAUGAUGCUGUUUAUGAACUAAACGGCAAAGACCUUUGUGGUGAGCGAGUAAUUGUUGAGCAUGCCCGCGGCCCACGUCGAGACGGCAGUUACGGUUCUGGACGCAGUGGAUAUGGUUACAGAAGAAGUGGCCGAGAUAAGUACGGCCCUCCUACCCGCACAGAGUACAGACUUAUCGUGGAGAAUUUGUCAAGUCGGUGCAGCUGGCAAGACCUAAAGGAUUAUAUGCGUCAGGCGGGAGAAGUGACCUAUGCAGAUGCUCACAAGGGCCGUAAAAAUGAAGGGGUGAUUGAAUUUGUGUCUUACUCCGACAUGAAAAGAGCUUUGGAAAAGUUAGAUGGAACUGAAGUCAAUGGCAGAAAAAUCAGAUUAGUCGAAGACAAGCCCGGUUCCAGACGCCGCAGGUCCUAUUCCAGGAGCCGGAGUCACUCCAGGUCUCGUUCCCGGAGCAGACAUUCUCGUAAGAGCAGAAGCCGAAGCGGCAGCAGCAAAAGCAGUCAUUCGAAGAGCAGAUCUCGGUCCAGGUCGGGCUCCCGUUCCCGGAGCAAGAGCCGCAGCCGCAGCCAGAGCCGCAGCCGCAGCAAGAAGGAGAAAAGCCGGAGCCCCAGCAAGGACAAGAGCCGCAGCCGCAGCCGCAGCGUGGACAAGCGCCGCAGCAAGAGUAAAGACCAGGCCGAAGAGAAGAUCCAGAACAGCGACAACGCCGGCAAGUCCAAGAGCCGGAGUCCCAGUCGGCACAAAAGCAAGAGUAAAAGUCGAAGCAGGAGUCAGGAGAGGCGAGCGGAGGAGAAGCGGGCGAGCGUGAGCAGAAGCAGAAGCAAGGAGAAGAGCCGGAGCCAGGAGAAGGGCCUGCACAAGAGCCGCAGCCGCAGCCGCAGCCGCAGCAAAGGAGGCAGCCGCAGCCGCAGCCGCAGCAAAAGCAAGGACAAGAGGAAGGGGAGGAAGAGGAGCAGGGAGGAGAGCCGCAGCCGGAGCCGCAGCCACAGCAAGAGCGAGAGGAGCAGAAAGCGGGGCGGCAAGCGAGACAGCAAGUCGGGCAGCGGCAAGAAGAAGAAGAAGGAGGACGCCGAGCGCUCCCAGUCCAGGUCGCGCUCCCGCUCCGCCUCCAAGGAGCGCGAGCACGCGAAGGCCGAGUCCGGCCCGAGGGAGGGCCGAGGGGAGAGUGCGGAUGCCGGCGCCCAUCAGGAGACCCGGUCCCGGUCGAGGUCCAAUUCCAAGUCCAAACCGAACCCUCCGUCAGAAUCACGCUCCAGAUCAAAGUCCGCUUCAAAAACCCGGUCUCGGUCCAAGUCCAGAUCCAGGUCUGCGUCCAGAUCGCCCUCUCGGUCUAGAUCCAGGUCCCACUCGCGGUCCUAACUGGCUACGACCACAGCUGGAACUCCCCGAGAAGUCUUUUGUACAUGUUUGGUAGCCGUAGCACAAGUGAUCGAAGUAGAACAUACGUCACUGCUGUACAUUUUUAACUCCCCUAAUGGUGUGUCUACAAUUGUUAAAUCUAAGUGCUUCCUCUCCGUAAAGCCUCCUGGCGCCAGGCCUUCCUGCUCGACUGAAAACAAUCUUCUCUUUGAAAACCCCCUUUACUCCUGGCCCACAGUAGAGUAUCCAAAACGCCUCGGCUCUCAGGCCUGGCCUUUCCCACAGGGAGCUCAGUACCUGGAUGGCUUUCAGGCUGGAACGGUGACAUAGGUAGGUACGGUGAGUUCGGCCAUUUUUGCCCUCGAAUUGAUGCCCUUUGAUGUUUGCCAUUUAGUGAAAGUGCUAAGUCUUAAGUUUCCUACCACUUUGGUUUCAUACUUUUGGACUUAACAAAGUUGUGAAUAGCACAGUCGAGGAAAAUUGAUACCUGCAGUAACCCAUAGGAAAUAAACUGUAGAGUUCCAUAUUCUGGUAUUGUGAUUAUAUUGUUUUAUAUUAAAAAAGAAAAGAAAAGAAUUUUUUUUAAUUUUAUUUUUCCCCGUCUUGCAAAGUAUAGUGACCCCUGUUUCCAUUAAAUUUGAAUAAAGACUAUUUUUGCUUGACAAGA